UUCAUCUUCAGCAUGAUUCAAUACUCGCUGGACUUGUGUCUUCAAUGAUCAUCUUCUGAAAUCCUGGUCUAGUAUUACUCUUUCGUCCCAUCGGUACUAGCAUGAAAAUCAUGACAACUUUGAACAACUUAAGUUUACGCACUUUCGGUAUCGGUUGUAUUCGUAUUCUUGUUAAAGAUCUCGCUCGGUUGGUCGCUGAUGGGACACCUCUGCAAUGCAUCAUGUCGCUCAGAAGCAGAAUCAGAAGCAUCUUCCGUCGGUUCGCUUUUGUUGUUAACGGCAGGAUGCAAGAUUUUACUCCUAGUAGUAACUCGACUACAAAGAGCACACCUGGCAUUUGUAACGAAAUGUCGUCGGCCGACACUGAUGUUGCCAGCGCAACAAAAGGCGGAUCUACACCGACCUGUUACGGCGCCAGCACUUCUAGUGGUACGUCAGCGCGGCCACCUGCCGCAAGUUUCGCAGUUCUGAAGAACUCGCUCGUUUACCGGCGCGCUCGGGAAGAGGAUAUUCCGCUUAUUUUCGAAAAACUCUGGGACCCGCAUCAUCACCUGUGGUUCAUGGUGUCCGUGACGACCAAAAUGGUCCUGCGCUCCUACAUUCUGCCUCUCUUUUACGCGAUCGCGGUCGCGAAGAAAAUUUGGACAGAAUUUUUACAAAAUGCAGAAUUCCAGUCGUUGCUGGUGGUCGUAGAAAACGACAAAAUAGUCUCUCCUGAUGAACAGGCUCCUCUACAACAGGACCGUGGCGCGGCGGCUUUAGUGUUCUUCUUCCCCCAAAACACAAAACUUAUCCUGACUUCCUGUUUUGUGCCGGUUGCGUGCGACUUUUUCCUGUUCCUACUCGGCUUGCAUUGUUUUCACUACGCGUGCGUCUACUGCAUCUACCACGUAGCCGUGCGGCCGAAGUUGCAAACGAGCGUGCGAGACGGCGUGGUAGUGCUGUGCGAACGGAUUUUUCUCGGGGAAGAAGACCCUUGUGCUGGUUCAUCAUCUAGUACAGCUACUUCUGCAGCAUUGGGAAAUCGGGUCCAGGAUGUUCAUUCGGAAAGGCACCAUGAAGACACGCAACGGGAUUCGGUCGUUGAGCCGCUGCGAAAAGCCAAUGCUGUGCAUGUUCUUGGGGGACAAAAUAGAGCUGAAUCUUCAAACGAGCACCCGAACAAGGAGAAAGGAAAUCCACCCACCGAGCUGGUCGGCGUUUUGCGGGCGAUAAAGAGUUCUUCACAAAAUAAAUCGCGUCUCGGGGUGGACAAAGGAAGGAGGGGAACAACGGCGACAGAAGAUGGCCGCGCUUGCGUCCGUUCUGCUUCUCGGGAAGGUGAAGGUGUAAGAGAAGGAGUUCGUUGGAACACCCCGAGAGCCUCGUGGUCCCUGUGGGACUGCGUGGUUCUACCCAAGCUCCGGGGUAGAGAGGUCGGUCACGGGCUGGUGCGCUGCAUGGACCGGGAGGCGGUGAAGGAACAGGUCGAACUGUUUACCUGCACCGUCCUGAGCCCACCCGCGAAGCGGCUGUGCCUCAAGAUGGGGUUCCUGCGGCAGAACAAGAAAUUUUCACAUGACAGCACGAUAAUGGUACCAAGAAAGACUGCAGGUGCGGCAACCUUUAGCUCCAGUAAAAAGAAUAGUUGUUGUACCUCACGACUUUAUAAUUUCGACAUUCAAAAACAAAAGCUCUGGAUGAACGUGAAACACCUGAAAGAGACGUCGAAUUUCAGAAAGCUGCUGCAGACUGUAGCACAUGUUCAACCCAGGCUGGCGGGGGUUCGGCUGCUUUCCUUCCACGACAUCUUUCUCGGGGGCCAGAAUAUUGUGCUAGAGGUGGUCGGCAGGUUGCAGAAUAGGAUUUUGCAAGCUCUGGAUGAUUUCGUUCCUUGGGAAAUGUGCCGUCCCGUUGGUGGUAGUGCCAGUGCUUGAAAAAUGACUCGUAAUCUUCUCAUGAAUGUGUUGCCUGAAGAAAUAGAAAUAGAAAACGUAAAAAAAUACAUUGCAAGAGCAGCAUGUGGGCGGAAAGAAUUCCAAAGAGGGGAAUAACACAGAACCGCCUAAUAUGAUUUUCAGCUAAUUGCGAAUAUUAUUAUUGUAUUGAUGUUCACGCAGCAAUAAAGAGCUGAGCCUCGCUCUUUUAUUUCCGAGAUGAAGAAGAUCUUCCACUAGUACACCUAAUUUGUCUUCGUGAUGCC